AUGGAGUGGUUAGCCAACGCGCUUGGACUGCUCCAGAGCCAGGUGGUGGCCGGGGGGUUGGCGGUGCUGCUGCUUGGGUGGCUCUUUGCGCACGUGCGCACGGGUGCUGCGCUCAUCGCCGACUACCUCACGCAGAAAGUCGUGGUCUCCGUUGAAGUGACCCAGCGCGAAGAGGCAUUCGAUUGGAUUCUCCAAUGGCUCGCCCAACAACCCAAGAGUUCCUUCGCCUCUCACAACUACAGGCAUAUGCUCUUCCUCUUGUCGAGCCUGGGUCCCAUGCAGCGAUUUCGUCGCCAACAAAAGCUCGAGGUCGUGUCCAAGUCGCCGCCUCAGCUCAAGUACCUGCCCGGGCAGGGCCUUCAUUUGCUGUGGUGGCGCGGGAGCUUGAUCUGGGUCACCAAGACCAGAAGGAGUCAGCCCGAACACGUCACCAACAUGAAUGGCCAGACACAAGUGGAGCCAGGCGGAGUGCUGGUGCUGUCCACGCUGGGCCGCUCCCUCGAGCCGAUCGACUCGCUGGUCAAAAGCGCCAUGGAGGCUUCGCGCAGCAACGACCAGGGCUGUACGGUGAUCUAUAACGUUGACGCCAGCUUCGGGGGAUGGAAGCGGGCCAUUACCAAACCCGAGCGCUCCGUCGAGUCGGUCAUUCUCGACUCGGACGUGGCAGAGGAGUUGCUCCAGGACGCCAAGGAGUUCCUGACGAGCGCCGAUUGGUACACGACCCUCGGCAUUCCCUAUCGCAGGGCCUACCUGUUUCACGGCAAGCCAGGUUGCGGCAAGACGUCCUUCGUGGCGGCGAUGGCCGCCAAGUUGGGCUUCUCCGUGUGCGUGCUCAAUCUCAGCGAAAAGAACCUCAACGACUCCUCCUUGAACAUGUGGCUGGUCGAGGCGCCCCAGAAUUCGAUCAUCCUUCUGGAGGACGUCGACGUGGCUUUCCUCAACCAGGACAGGUCCAGCAAGAAGUCGGAGGGGAAGAGCGCCUACGAGGACCUAUUCGGCCGACCCAGAACAGUCACCUUUUCUGGGUUGUUGAACGCCAUUGAUGGCAUUGCCUCGCAGGAGGGCCGCCUUUUCGUGAUGACCACCAACCACAUGGAGCACCUGGACCCUGCGCUGAUACGUCCGGGACGCGUGGACAAGGUGGUCCACUUCGGGCUGGCCUCCAUGCUACAGGUCGAGCGCAUGUUCCUGCGGUUCUACCCGGGCGAGGAAGCGCUGGCCCGACAGUUUGCCCAACAGGUGGGCGAGGGCAAGGUCAGCAUGGCCAUGCUCCAGGGCUACUUUAUGGCGCACAAGAAGGAUCCCCUGCGGGCCGCCGGCAGCGUGUCGGCGCUGCAGGAGCAGGUGGACAAGGAGGAGGAGGCCGAGCGGCGCAGGGAGCAGGCGGCCCGCCGGCGGCGCGAGGAGGAAGAGGAGGAGGAGCUGGACCGUGUGGAGCGCGAGCGCGAGGAAAGGGCGCGAAGGCGCCGAGAGCGCGAGGAGCGACGGCAGGCGCAAGCCGCGGAGUAA